CAUUGAUGUAUUUGAUUUACUUCUUUGCGGUGAUGGCGGGACGGCUGAAGAAAUCGAGCGAAGUUGGAGUUAAUGGCGGUGCACUUCAACUUCAUGGUGCUGCGCGAUCCGGUGAUUUGGAGGCUUUUCAAACUCUUUAUGCCUCCAACCCCACAUUAACAGUAUCUUUAAUCAACUCUCGCGACAACCAUUCUCGGACGCCCCUACAUUUGGCAGCUUGGUCAGGUCAGACAAAGGUAGUACAAUUCCUCUGUGAACACAAAGCUGAUGUUAGAGCAGCUGCAGUUGAUGACAUGGCAGCCAUUCAUUUUGCUUCACAGAAGGGGCAUUUGGAAAUUGUUCGGAUUCUCUUGAGAUCAGGAGCUUCUGUUAAUGCUUACACACGCAAGGGCAUGACAGCACUUCAUUGUGCUGUUCAGGGAGGUCAUUUAGAACUUGUGAAGUUUUUGAUACAAAAAGGUGCUAAUGUGAGUGCAGAGACCAAGGCUAGAAAGAAACCUAUAGAUCUUGCCAAAGAUGACCAAGUUCGUUCGGUUUUGACAACAUCCGGAGAAUUGUUAAAAGGUCAUAGGGGAACACAAAUUAACAAGCCACAUGGAGCUUCUGCAAGUAAUGAUACUGAAGGCAAGCAAAAUAAUCCCUUAAUAGAGAUGGAAGAAAUAUCAGGUGUUGCAAAGGAGGAUGGUGACAUUGAGAAAGGUGGCCACAGAGAAAGAGAAGAAGAAGAAACCAAAGCGCUUAUUGGUCCUCAGCCUAAAAAAGCAAAAGUUGCUCUAAGUCAUCUGGUUGAUGAUGAAACUCUUCUAGAAGAUGGCUAAAUAUAUCACGACAUUUACAUGAAACAGUGAUCUGUUGGGUAAACACAUGUAUGGCUCAGGUGCACAUAUACAAAAGGUAUUGCACCAUUUAGUGAGCUGUAAUGUAAUAAGUAUUGAAUCUUGAUUCCGAGGUAAAAUCUACUUUGGGUGUUACUUGAUGUGACUACUUGAACAUUGCUUUUAGAUUGCCUUAAUAACUUCCUGGGCAUUUUUUGUUUGGCACUUUUUUGUUGGUAUUUUUCUGAUAUUGUUCACA